AUGUUCUUGUGCCUCGUGGAUAUCGUCGUCGUCGUCGUGGUCAUCCUGGAAGCUUUUCACGACGACAUGGAUAUGGGCUCCGUCCCCUUCGUCGACGCCGGGCUCCUCGACGCGUUCUACGGCGGUGGCCAUGGACACAACGACUACGGGCUUUUUAGCCAGCAGCUGGGAGCGUCGUCGACGUCGCCUGUCGUCUUGGACGGCGGCGGGCUGCUGGACGCUGCGGCCUCCACGGAGGAGGCGCCGAAGAGGAAGGGAGACCACCUCCGGGACGACAAGGCGGCGAUGGCCCUCAAGAACCACAGCGAGGUGGAGCGGCGCCGGAGGGAGAGGAUCAACGCGCACCUCGCCACGCUCCGGACCAUGGUGCCCUGCUCCGACAAGAUGGACAAGGCCGCGCUGCUGGCGGAGGUGAUAACCCACGUCAAGAAGCUCAAGGCCACGGCGGCGCGCAUCCGCGACCACUGCGCCGUCCCGGCCGACGCGGACGACGUCGCCGUCGAGCUGGUCCAGGGCGCGCCUCCAUCGACGACCGGCGGCGUCCUCGUCAGGGCGACGCUCAGCUGCGACGACGGCGCCGACGUGUUCGCGGACGUCAAGCAGGCGCUGCGGCCGCUGCGGCUCAGCGUCGUCGGCUCCGAGGUCACCACGCUGGGCGGCCGCGGCCGCUUCACCUUCCUCAUCAUGUCGUCGUUGUCGUCGUGCGGAAACGGCGAUGUGGGCGCCGUCGUCGAGUCGGUGCACCAGGCGCUCCAGUCCGUCCUCGACAGGGCCAACUCCGCGCUCGAGUUCGCGCCCAGGGCGUCGCUUCUCAACAAGCGCCGGAGGGUCUCCACCUUCGAGUCCUCCAGUUGCUCUUCUUGA